AUGGUGUUGAGAUGCAAGACGUGCCACCAGCGCGCCAGAGACCAUGAUGGAAGCUGCAAGAACUCGAAGUGCGCGCAGUACCGCGCGCCUCUGAAAGGGCAGCAUUGGAAAGUUGCCAGGGUGAGCGAUAUCUUGGGCAAGCCGACAGAGAAAAUCGGCGCGUACGUCGCCGGCGGUUUCAUUCUCACUUUGCUUCGCAGACAUGACAUUCGCGUCGGCGUAGCGAGCGGCGAGUAUCUUCGGGCCGCAGCCUCUGGCGCGACUGCAGUGCGCUUGGAGCUUUUAGCGGUGGUCUAUCUGUGCUACUGGCGGUGGUCGGCGAGCUCACUUCUUGGAUACUUGUCGAAGGCAUUAUCCCGUUUUGAGCGCGCGGACUCCGCAGACAGAGCUGAGAUCUUAAAGGGCGCGUGGUCUUCGAUGGAGGCGGACAUGGACGGUUACCAGAACCCGGCUAGUCGCCGCACUGGUGCGCACGAAUUCGAGAAAUUGGUGCCUGACGUGCAGAAUGGUAAGCUCCGGGGCGCUUGCGUAGAUCUCGCCGAGUUGUUCGCCGCGAAGCCCACGUUCAGGGACGCCGAGAGCAUCCUGCGAAAGCACGAGAUACAGCUAUGGGCCGGCGCCACAUACAAUCGAGUCAGGUUUCUGCGGUGGCUGUUCAAAGCGGAGGGCCUGCGCGUGCCCGUCGAGGGCAAAGAUUGGCCCCUGAUCGCUGGCAUGGGGUCUGGGGCUGAAGAGGGCCUGGCCGACGCAGGUAUAGAUUCGUACGAACAGGCGGAGGCGGCCUGCGCUAUUUUGGCCGUCGAAAUCGCAGCCUCUGGCGCGACGCCCCCGGGGGACGGGGUCGGUGCGUCCUCUAGCGCGACAUGCGGGGUCGACGAUCUCGUCUGUUUCCUGUGCUUGAGCAAGAACAGAGAAGCUGUUCCUCGCAGGGUGUUCCCGCCGCCUGCGCCCCAGGUGUCCAUCGCGCAAGAUUUGGGGUUGGUUGCCCCGGUCGCAGCCGCUGGCGCGAGUGCGCCCUCAGGCGAGACUCUUUGUCAUGCGCGAGUCAGGGGCAAAACCGCAGCGACGCCAGCCAUCGUCUCCAUCGCGGCGCGGGUGCUCCAGGAAAUCUUGCGCUGGGCGCGCGCUCCCGCCGCGGGCGCAAUAUGUAAUUGUUGCCGCGCGUGGCACGCAGGAGGUCUAUUUCUGGCCUGCGCGGUCUCUGAGAGGAGGCGGGGCGUCGCAGACUCUGUCGCGAGCAUCCUGUCCUUCGAUGCUAAGCCCGUCCAUGCGCUGCGCGAUGCAGGAGUCUCCAAAAGUGAUGUUCUCCGCGCUUGGGCCUGCGCGUGGGACUUGCUCGAUGGGCUCCCCCCGCGUGCUAGUUUGGACUUCGACGAGCGAUUGUUGUCAAUGGCUCUAGUUCGCAUGGGCGUCAAGGAACACCUUCGGGGCGACGCGAAGAAGGACGCGGCUGCCCUGAUGUUCCCCGAUGCAGGCGGGGAAUAUUCGCUUGCGGCUGUGGGGAAGAAGGGCGGCAAGGGCGACAAGGGCGGCAAGGGCGACAAGGGGGGCAAGGGCGACAAGGGCGGCAAAGGCGGCUGCAAGGGCUUCAAGGGCGCCAAGGACGCCCUCGACAAGUGGCAGCUGCCCGUUGCGGAGACGGCCGCCCCGGCUGCUGCAGUGCCCCCGCCGGCUGCGGCCCCGGCGGUUGCGCCCGCGGCGCAGCCGGCGGCGCCCAAGGCGGCGGGCAUCAGGGCCCCGAGGUCGCGGCUGGAGGCGCAGCCCGUGGAGCCGACGAAGGACGAGGACAUCGUCGACGGUAUGGACUACGAGGAGGACGAUGACGAGUUCGCGGAGGCUGCUGAGACCAAAGCGGAGCCGGUGCCGCCUGCACAGAGGUUACCAGCUGGAAGCAAGGUCAUCAAGGUCCGCGCCACGGAGCGGUCCGCGCCGGCGCCCGCCGCCGCCAAGGACGAGAAGGCUGCGCCGGCGAAGGCGGGCGGCCCCGUGCGCAAGGCGACAGCAAAGCCCCGGGCCGCGCCGUACUGAGCGGCUGGGUCCCCGCCGACAGGGAGGGGAGGAACAAUCGGUGCGUGUGGGG